CAUCGCUAUUCGUCCGUUCUGUCACGAGCCUCGUCCGUGAACACCGACCUGGCGCGGCAGGCACGAAAUCAACGACCUCGAACCGAAUUACAAAUUAGAUAUUUGUAUUUUUCCUCUCAAAAGAUAAACCGGUCUGCCGAGAAACCCGUUAGAUCUGGCCGUCUCCGACCGCUCUGGUCAUUCCGGGUGAUGUAUUCUAACGUUUGAUAGCGCUAGCCAGCCAGCUAGCUGCUCAGCUCAGCUAGCUCGCCGUGCCGUGACUCACAGUGAGCAGAAAGGAGAGAUCACUUAUUAUUUUUUAAUUUCUUUAUUCCCCCUCCCAGUCGUAGCUAUAUGUUUUGUAUGACAUCCACUCGUCAGCAGUACUUCGUGAGGAAGCUGUCCGCUGUAAAACUGCAGAUACAGACCAAAUGACUCGCGUCGUCAUUUGGGCCAAAUUUGUGAACCGCUGGGUUUGAAUGAAUUUAAACACCAACGGUCGGAGCGUAGCUAACGCUAGCUCACCUUAAUACACACUUAACUAAACACUUAAACAGCCAGAGGCUUUCGGCUUUACCUCAUUGUCCUUAAUAAGCCACUAUUUAACGUUAGGUGGCUAACUAACUCGCUAGCAAGUUGGUUAGCACACUAAACAUCCAUCAGAAGCGCCAGAGUCGGUAGCUAGCUUCUCCGUUAGCUUGCUGUUUACUAGGCUGCAAAACAGGCGAAAGGUAUUCUUUUUUUUUUAAAGCGAGGUGGGCUAAACCAUCGCAAACCAUCUGGAAAUACUUAAUUUUUCGUGUAAGUGAGAAAGAGGGAGGAAAAAAAAUCCUGCAAAGAUGCCGGCUGUGUCGAAAGGAGACGGAAUGCGAGGAUUAGCGGUGUUCAUUUCGGACAUAAGAAACUGCAAAAGCAAGGAGGCUGAGAUCAAGCGCAUCAACAAAGAGUUGGCCAACAUCCGCUCAAAGUUUAAGGGGGACAAGGCUCUGGAUGGCUACAGCAAGAAGAAGUAUGUGUGCAAAUUGCUCUUCAUCUUCCUCCUGGGCCAUGACAUCGACUUUGGCCACAUGGAGGCAGUCAACCUGCUCAGCUCAAACAAGUACACCGAGAAACAGAUUGGUUAUUUGUUCAUCUCUGUGUUGGUGAACAGCAACAGUGAGCUUAUCAGGCUGAUCAAUAAUGCCAUAAAGAACGACCUGUCUAGCAGGAACCCCACCUUCAUGUGUCUGGCCUUGCACUGUAUCGCCAAUGUGGGUAGCAGGGAGAUGGCUGAGGCCUUCGCCGGAGAGAUCCCUCGCAUCCUGGUGGCAGGGGACACAAUGGACAGUGUGAAACAGUCUGCUGCUCUGUGCCUGCUGCGGCUCUACAGGACCUCUCCAGACCUAGUGCUGAUGGGAGAGUGGACCUCCAGAGUGGUGCACCUGCUUAAUGAUCAGCACAUGGGAGUCGUCACUGCUGCCAUUUCCCUCAUCACCUGCCUCAGCCAGAAGAACCCAGAGGAGUUUAAAACCUGUGUGUCACUCGCAGUGUCUCGCCUCAGCAGGAUUGUGUCGUCAGCGUCCACUGACUUGCAGGACUACACCUAUUACUUUGUCCCUGCCCCUUGGCUCUCCUGCAAGCUGCUCCGUCUCCUGCAGUGCUACCCUCCGCCUGAGGAUGGCGCCGUCAAGGGCCGGCUAGUUGAAUGUCUCGAGACCAUUCUUAAUAAAGCCCAAGAACCACCCAAGUCCAAGAAGGUCCAGCACUCAAACGCCAAGAACGCCAUACUGUUUGAAGCCAUCGCCCUCAUUAUUCAUUAUGACAGUGAACCCAAUCUCCUGGUGCGGGCGUGCAACCAGCUUGGUCAGUUCCUGCAGCACAGGGAGACCAACUUGCGCUACCUGGCCCUGGAGAGUAUGUGCACCCUUGCCAGCUCAGAAUUCUCCCACGAAGCCGUCAAAACACACAUUGAGACGGUUAUCAACGCCCUUAAGACUGAGAGGGACGUCAGUGUCCGUCAGAGAGCGGCUGACCUGCUCUAUGCCAUGUGCGACCGCAGCAACGCCAAGCAGAUUGUUGCAGAGAUGCUGAGUUACCUGGAAACAGCCGACUACUCAAUCAGAGAAGAGAUGGUGUUGAAGGUGGCCAUCCUGGCAGAGAAGUACGCGGUGGAUUACUCAUGGUACGUGGACACCAUCCUGAACCUGAUCCGCAUUGCUGGAGACUACGUGAGUGAGGAAGUUUGGUACCGUGUCAUCCAAAUUGUCAUCAACCGGGACGAUGUGCAGGGAUACGCCGCCAAGACUGUCUUUGAGGCCCUGCAGGCUCCAGCUUGUCAUGAAAACAUGGUAAAGGUUGGGGGUUACAUCCUGGGAGAGUUCGGUAACCUUAUUGCUGGUGACCCUCGCUCUAGUCCACUUGUUCAAUUUAACCUUCUGCACUCUAAAUUCCAUCUGUGUUCGGUGCCCACGCGCGCUCUUCUCCUGUCUGCCUAUAUAAAGUUCAUUAAUCUGUUCCCUGAGACCAAACCCACCAUCCAGGAGGUGCUGCGCUGUGACAGUCAGAUCAGAAACAGCGAUGUAGAGCUGCAGCAAAGAGCCGUGGAGUACCUCAAAUUGUCCUCCAUCGCCAGCACGGAUGUACUGGCUACAGUGUUGGAGGAGAUGCCCCCAUUCCCUGAGAGGGAGUCCUCCAUCCUGGCCAAGCUAAAGAAGAAAAAGGGGCCUGGUGCAGUGUCUGGCAAUGAACUUGAAGAAGGCAAGAGAGAGGGAGGAGAGCUGAACGGAGCAGGAGAACGACCUGGAGAUAGCUCAGCCAUAGGAGCGUCCAACGCUUCCACUCCUUCUCCGUCAGCUGACCUCCUCGGUCUUCGCUCAGCUGCUCCUGUCAGUGCUGCGCCGCCCAGUGCAGGCAGCCUAUUGGUUGAUGUCUUCUCAGAGGCGGGCCCUGCUGCUCCUGCUGCUGGCGCAAAUGACGAUGGCUUCCUGAGAGAUCUGGAACCUCCCACUGAGAGCUCUGAUUCCUUAUUGGCUGAGGGUCCUGGUGACUCUGACUCUGCUCCUCCUUCUGUGGUGUCUGAAGAUCCUGCUCCUCCUCUGCCUGAGUCAGAUGAACUGCUUAACAAGUUUGUGUGUAAGAAUAAUGGAGUCUUGUUUGAAAAUCAGCUCCUUCAGAUUGGCGUUAAGUCAGAGUAUCGUCAGAACCUUGGACGGAUGUAUCUGUUCUAUGGCAAUAAGACGUCAGUGCAAUUUGUCAACUUCACCACUACAGUCAGCUGCCCAGGAGAACUUCAGUCUCAGCUGAAUGUUCAGUUGAAGCCUGUGGACCCCUUGGUGGAGGGAGGUGCUCAAGUUCAGCAGGUCAUUAACAUUGAGUGUCUGACUGUCUUUUCUGAUGCACCACUUCUCAACAUCAAGUUCAGGUAUGGUGGGGCUCUGCAGAACCUUACACUCAAGCUGCCCGUCGCCAUUAACAAGUUCUUCCAGCCCACUGAGAUGUCUUCUCAUGACUUCUUUCAGCGCUGGAAACAGCUCAGCCAGCCUCAGCAAGAAGCACAAAAGAUCUUUAAGGCAAACCAUGCCAUGGACACAGAAGUGCUCAAAGCUAAGUUGCUGGGAUUGGGUACAGCCCUGCUGGAGAAAGUGGAUCCUAACCCAGACAACUUUGUGUGCGCUGGAGUGAUCCAAACCAAGGCCCAACAAGUGGGCUGUCUACUGAGACUUGAGCCCAACGCACAAGCCCAGAUGUACCGGUUGACUUUGCGCAGCAGUAAGGACACCGUCGCCAAGCGUCUCUGCGAGCUGCUGGCAGAACAGUUCUAGAACCAGCUUCUAGAACCCGCGUCUAGACCAUCACCUUCUAGAACCGAGAAGAACCACGACCAGACCAGCGUUCCACCUUCCAGAACCCUGAACAAAAUCUCAAAGCAUUCGUACAUAAGGGAAAAAGUAGCUGCCGGCCUUAACGGCAGCAAUAUUACUGUCCUAAUUCUGAUCAUUAUGAUUAUUAUUGUAUAUUAUCAUCAGCGCUACCAUUCUUGUUUUUAUUGGUGUUUACCUGUGUGUGAGCAGUGAAAGGAAGCGUGUCCGCCUGCGUGUUUGUGGAUGAAUGAGUGUGUGAGCAUAUUAGCCUGCGCACGAAAGAAUUGUAAUAGUUCAACCUUUUUUUUUUUUUCUUCACCCCCGUCCUGCCUGUUAACCAGUCCGCCUGUGCUUGUGUUGACAGCUGGUGUGGGUCGUGGAAGGAGUGAAAGAAAAGAGGGAGCGACUGAGAAAGAGAUGGAAAGACGUUCUUCCUUUUUUUUCCUCUCUCUCUCUCUCUCUCUCUCUCUCUCUCUCUCUCUCUCUCUCUCUCUCUGUGUGUGUGUGUGUGUCUGUGCGUUCCACAACAUUUCAAUCUGUAAGCAUUCCUAGGACAUACUUGGGAGAGCCUUAUACAUGCACGCAUACUCGUUCUACUUGUCCCGUCGCACAUGAGCCGUUUCUGUGGAACAUUCCAUGUUGGCUAGUUAGAAAAGGGUCUUUGAAGGACCGGCUCCUGAGCUGGACAAUAUAAACGAAUAAAAGAAACACUGCAAUCAGAA